AGCCCCUUUUAUUUUGCGGACACACACAUACACGCGCUAGCGAGGAGGAUCUAACUGGGGCGGACUCGGACCAUGGACAGCCGCCUGCAGGAGAUCCGGGAGCGGCAGAAGCUUCGCCGGCAGCUCCUCGCGCAGCAGUUGGGAGCAGAAAGUGCGGAUAGCAUCGGGGCGGUGCUAAACAGCAAAGAUGAACAGCGAGAAAUUGCUGAAACCAGAGAGACCUGCAGGGCUUCUUAUGAUACAUCGGCCCCAAAUUCAAAGCGCAAGUAUCUGGAUGAAGGAGAAGCAGAUGAAGAAGAAAUGGAAGAAUAUAAGGAUGAAGUAGAAAUGCAGCAAGAUGAAGAGAACCUGCCCUAUGAAGAAGAAAUUUACAAAGAUUCUAGUACAUUCCUUAAGGGAACCCAAAGCCUAAAUCCCCACAACGACUACUGCCAACACUUCGUAGACACAGGACACAGGCCCCAGAAUUUUAUCAGAGAUGUAGGUUUAGCAGACAGAUUUGAAGAAUACCCUAAGCUCCGGGAGCUCAUUAGACUGAAGGAUGAGCUGAUUUCUAAGUCAAACACUCCUCCCAUGUAUUUACAAGCAGAUUUAGAGGCCUUCGACAUCAGAGAACUAAAGUCCAAAUUCGACGUGAUCCUCCUGGAACCCCCUUUAGAAGAAUACUACAGGGAGACGGGAAUCACCGCGAACGAAAAAUGUUGGACCUGGGAUGAUAUUAUGAAGUUAGAAAUUGAGGAGAUUGCAGCCCCAAGAUCCUUCGUGUUCCUGUGGUGUGGCUCCGGAGAGGGCUUGGAUCUUGGCAGAGUGUGUUUACGCAAGUGGGGUUACAGAAGAUGUGAAGAUAUUUGCUGGAUUAAAACCAAUAAGAACAAUCCGGGGAAGACGAAAACAUUGGAUCCAAAGGCUGUAUUCCAAAGAACAAAGGAGCACUGUCUUAUGGGAAUCAAGGGAACUGUCAGACGCAGCACGGAUGGUGACUUCAUCCACGCUAACGUUGACAUUGACCUAAUCAUCACCGAAGAGCCUGAAAUUGGGAAUAUCGAAAAGCCUGUAGAAAUUUUUCACAUCAUUGAACAUUUCUGCCUUGGAAGGAGACGCCUUCACCUCUUCGGAAGAGACAGCACAAUCCGACCAGGCUGGCUCACCGUGGGUCCGACGCUCACCAACAGCAACUUCAACGCAGAAACGUACGCCUCCUACUUCAGCGUCCCCAACUCCCACCUGACCGGCUGCACGGAAGAGAUCGAGCGGCUCCGGCCGAAGUCGCCCCCGCCGAAAUCCAAGUCGGACCGAGGCGGCGGCGCUCCCAGGGGAGGCGGAAGGGGGGGGACCGCGGCCGGCCGGGGAGAGAGGGGCCGGGAGAGGAACCGGUCCAACUUCCGAGGAGAUAGGGGGGGAUUCAGAGGAGGGAGAGGAGGAGCCCACAGAGGCGGUUUCCCACCUCGCUAACCGCGUCCCGGACGCUGACCGUCCGGAUGGUGCUCUUCGGCCAUUUUCAUCUCCUCGUCCUCCGGGCGACUCCGUCCCCGCCGCCGAUUAUCCGUGCGGCCGGCACGGCCGCCGGCUCACUCCCGCGCCUGGCACGCUUGGCAGACUCGCUCUUCUCCUCGUAGUGCGGAGUGGGUCGCCCGCUGCGCGUUGUCUGCCGGCCGGGAGGCCGGGCCGAACAGACUCGGGGUGGACCUCAUCCCUCAUCCCUGGUGACUGAAUGGACUUUGGGGCGGGUUUCAGCUAAAGCAAAGCCUUUCCACCGAAUUGAGCGCUCCCCCCUUUUGCUGUAGUGCUGGUGCCAACGUGAAGAGUUUAGGAGGCCCAGUUCCCGGUUGUCACUGCCCAGACAGAGUAGGGUCCCGCUGUCUUUGGUGUCGAUGGUGUGAAAUCAGGUGAGGUAAAUUUGAGGUCUGCCGUCGUCACAACCGACCUGAACGGGAGAUGGCCAAGCUCACUCUCUUGGGGGAGAUUUUGCUGUCGUGGUGGUGGUUUGGGGCGUUUAGCAGCUCAGAGGUGGAUCAGACUUAUCAGAAAAGCCGAAUGAUUGCUAACUGUGGGUUAAGCGCUUCUUGUUCUUAAAGGUCCGUUGCCAUAGUUACCAGAAUCUCGGUAGAGAAGUCAGGUUUUGGAGCGAGGCCGGACUUCCUUAAGAUUUGUCUGCAGGGUCAGGGUGGGAUUUUAAGGACUAAAGAGGAAGCCGAGAGAGUGCCCUGUGCCGUAACAGGGAAGUACCUCUUCAGUCAUCCCUGGAAAUCUGGUGCUCAAGGCUAGGAAGAUUGAGCUUAGGAGGGAUUUUUAAACAGGAGUGAUGCCAAGACAAAAUAAUAGGAAGCCUUUCGUUGUGAGCACAGUUUGUAAACAGAACGGUGGAUCGGCGUUACGUUUCUCAAGGAAAACUGGGGACGUUCAGCAGUUGUGUGGGCCUGGGUGCAGGCUUGCCUCCUUGGUACAGUGCCAUUCCUGUUUUAAAUGAGCAUCGGAUCUGGUGAAUGAGAAAGGAACUUCAGUAUUGUUUUGAUAAAUACCUUCAUAAUGCCUUGACGAGGUUCGGAUUUUCA